ACAUGUGCUAGCAAUCUCUAAGUUAUGUAUUCUAUUAACAUUUAAUUGUAUUAAAAUAAGGUGUGGAAUAUCACAUACAUAUGUAUAUAUAGGAGAGAAAAUUCAACGAGCAAGGUGUUCCUUUGGCAUUUGGUGGAGAUAUAUAUUGAGCUUGAUAAGGUACAUAUUUAUUAGUAUAGGGAACCAAAAAGGUCAUGACAGCUUGACAAUACGAGAGAGAGAGAGAGAGUUGUGUUUGUAAGAGGGGCAAUGAACGUGGGAGAUUGAUGCCCCGUCAGAAGCGUCUCGACGGUCAUUAAGCCACGCCAGCUUAGUUCUGGGCUAGCCCUCGUGGCCAAAUUUUUAGCCACAAAAACUAAUUUCUCUAUCAUCACUACUUACUUGGACCCCACUCUACUUCUACUUCUACUACUUACUCUCUACUCUUCCCACUCUUGAUCUCUCUCUAGCUCUUCCUAGCUAUGUUAUAUAUAACAUCGCGCCCCGUUACUUUUUGUUUGCCUUUAAUAUUUUAAAAUAUAUUGAGAGAGAGAGAAAGAGUGAGAGAUCAGAUGGGUAGGGCUCCUUGCUGUGAGAAAAUUGGAUUGAAGAAAGGGAGGUGGACUUCAGAAGAGGAUGAGAUCUUGACCAAGUAUAUACAGUCUAAUGGAGAAGGGUCUUGGAGAUCAUUACCCAAAAAUGCAGGAUUACUGAGGUGUGGGAAGAGUUGUAGAUUGAGAUGGAUAAACUACUUGAGAGCUGACUUGAAGAGAGGUAACAUCUCUUCUGAGGAAGAAGAUAUCAUCAUCAACCUGCAUUCUACAUUAGGCAACAGGUGGUCCUUGAUAGCUAGUCACUUGCCAGGAAGAACAGACAACGAGAUAAAGAACUAUUGGAAUUCUCAUUUGAGCCGAAAAAUUCACACAUUCAGAAGAUGUAAUACUACUCAUCAUAUUCAUCGUGAUCAAGCUCCUACUACUCUCCCAAAUCUGGUGGCUAUAACCAAAGUAAACCUUCCAACCCCAAAGCGAAAGGGUGGUCGAACUAGUCGUUUAGCCAUGAAGAAGAACAAAUCAACUAGUAAUAAUAAGAACAACAACAGUAAUAAUAUCAUCAAAAACGACAUCGUAUCAUCAUCAUCAUCAACAACAACAACAUCAUCAACAACUACAGCAACAUCAUCAUUUCAUAAUGAGAAAGUUACUGUCAGUACUGAUCAUAUUACUAAUCUUGAUGAUAAGCAGAAACGACAAUUAUGUCGUUGUCGUUUAGAAAAAGAAGAAGAAGAAGAAGGAAGUGGUGGUUGUGGUGAGACAGUAGUAAUGAUGCUAGGGUCAGUAUCUCCUGUUCCUGCUACUGCUACUGCUGCUGCUGCAGCUGGGGGCUCAUCAAGUUGUGAUGAAGACAUGUUGGGUGGUCAUGAUCAACUGUUGUUGUUGUGUUGUUCUGAGAAAAAAACGACAGAAAUUUCAUCAGUGGUGAACUUUAAUAAUAAUAAUAAUAAGGAAAAUGGUGACGAAGUUUCAGGACCGUACGAUUAUCAUCAUCAUAAAGAAGAGGAAGAAGAAGAAGAAGAAGAUGAAGCAUCUGCAUCAGUAGCAGCUGUUGAUGAAGGGAUGUUGUUGUGCUUUGAUGACAUAAUAGAUAGCCACUUGCUAAAUCCAAAUGAGGUUUUGACUUUAAGAGAAAAUAGCCUUAAUGAAGGUGGGGCAGCUGAUCAGAUUGACAAGACUACUUGUAAUAAUACUACUAUUACUACUAAUGAUGAUUAUAACAAUAACUUGAUGAUGUUGAGCUGCAAUAAUAACGGAGAUUAUGUUAUUAGUGAUGAUCAUGAUGAUCAGUACUGGAUAGACGACGUCGUUGGAGUUGACUUUUGGAGUUGGGAGAGUUCGACUACUACUGUUAUUACCCAAGAACAAGAACAAGAACAAGAUCAAGUUCAAGAACAGAAGAAUAUGUGGGAUAAUGAGAAAGAGAAACUGUUGUCUUUGCUAUGGGAUAAUAGUGAUCAUAACAGUAGCAGUUGGGAGUUACAAGAUAAAAGCAAUAAUAAUGAUAAUGUUCCUAACAAAUGUCAAGAGAUUACCUCUGAUAAAGAAAAUGCUAUGGUUGCAUGGCUUCUAUCCUGAUCAUUCGUGAUAUCAUGCAUCAAAAUUUAGAUAUUAAUUAUGUAUUAAUAUAUGUAAUAAAAUGGUCUUUCCUUAAUUAAAAAAAUUAUAAGGAGAAGAUCAAUUAAUAGGUGAGGGUAGAAGCUUGAAGUCUUGUUCUAAUAGCUUAGUUUGCGAAGGUAAAUAAAUAAUAAUAAUAAAAGUAAUAAAAGUUUUGUGGUCAUGGAUUAGCAAUUUGGUCACUCACAUAAUAUGUGUGAUUUGAAUGCUCAGAGACAACUAAUGAGCAAAUAAUGUUGUAUAUAUUUGUCUGUAAAUAUGAUAAAUGAUUAAUUCUGGUGUCAAUAAUAUAAUAGUGGAAUUAAAUAUGGAGUUUUAUAUAA